AUGGGCGUAAUGCACGUGGUGAUGUUCAGCUUCAAACCGCUGGCCACACCGGAGGAGGUUCAAGAAGUCUGUGACAAGCUCCUAGCGCUUAAAGACACCUGCCUCCAUCCAGAGACCAACCGGCCGUAUAUGAAGAAUAUAACUGGAGGGGUGAAUACGCACAUGAGUGACGCCCAAGACAGAGUAACCCAUGCCUUUGUGAGCGAGUUCGACAGUGACGAGGACAGGGAAUAUUAUCUCAAGACAGACCCGGCGUAUGCUGCUUUUUGGGAGGGUGCAAAGGGGAUUGUGGAAAGGACGGAGGUGGUGGGGUUUAUGCCUGGGAAGUUUUAA